UUAUAUUUCAGGUCGCUGGUGAGCCUUAUGAUCGCUUGGCCUGAAAUUACUUGGGUUUUUCUCUAAUCAUGUUCGUGCCUCAUUUUGGAAGCUUCCAUUAUUUUAGAGACAUUCAAGAAAGAACCUUCAACGAGUUUGGAGUAACGAUGAUGAAUAAAAUAUAUAUGCACUCAAAAGAACAAUUAAGUCAAAACUAAAAACUGGAUGGUUUCAAUCAAGCAUUUCUUCAAUUGUGGAGAAAUGUACAUAUGUAGAUGUACUGUGCACAUGUAGAGUGAUUCCAUCAGGUUACAACCAAUGCUGUGCUGUAAACACCUAGUUACCACAAACAGAUCACAUGAAAUGCUUGGCUACUUGCACAUCAGUCUGUCAUUAUUACCCUAUAACCAACACUGUACCAUAUAUAGAGGAGAUAACUGACCGUGCUUAAAAUGUGGUGGAAGAAAUAAAACUGUGUGUCAACCUGUACCACAACAGUCUGUGAAAGAGAUGAGCAACCUCAAAAGGAGGACUGUUUAUCUAUGCCACCGCCAUGGCGACAAUGCAGAACUGAUUAUGAAGCAGAUUCCACUGGAAGACAUGAAAGCUGAUGAUAGGGAAUCGGCUAUGAAAGAAGUGAAAAUUUUGGACAAGUUAAACCACCCAAACAUAAUAGCACUAUAUGAUAGCUUCAUUCAUGGAUCAUCACUCUGUAUUGUUAUGGAGUAUGCUGAAGGAGGAACAUUGUUGGAUUAUAUUCAAAAAUUGAAAGCAAAAGGAAAGACAAUGAAUGAAAAGAAAAUUCUGCAUUUAUUCUCACAAAUUGCUGAAUCGCUAAGGUUUAUUCAUUCAGAACGUAUCUUACACAGAGAUAUGAAAACCUCAAAUAUUUUUCUCAACAAGACUUUUGAUGUUGUCAAAGUUGGAGAUUUUGGGAUAUCCAUCAUACUUGACACCAACAAGAGCAAGGCUUUUUCUAUUAUUGGUACCCCAUCAUACAUUUCUCCUGAACUUUGUGAAAAUCAACCAUACAAUAAGAAAAGUGAUAUUUGGGCACUAGGUUGCAUUCUCUACGAGAUGAUUACACUAAAAAGGGCUUUUGAAGCUCUAAAUUUACCAGCAUUGGUAAAAAAGAUUCUGACUGCGGCUGUUCCUCCAGUGACCGGUAAAUAUAGCGAUGAUCUCAAAGAACUGGUGACGAGUUUAUUGAAUCGUGAUCCCGAACAGCGACCAACAAUAAAAGAAGUUCUAGCUAACCCCUUGCUUAUCAAUACACACAUGGAUUUACCUUUGAACGUCGGAAGACCAAAAGGAAUUAGAGUGCCUGCGCCAAGUGUUGGGGUUUCUUCGAUAGUUCCUGGACGUCCUAGACCUGGCAAAGCCUCUUUGACAUCUUUAUCAUCAUAUCUUGAGGCAGAAGUAUUUAAACAUGAAUUACCAGCGGUUGUAUAUCGAUGGGGAGGUGGAGUGUUGAAUCCUACCACACUUCCUCUGCCUGGAAAAUCUGACGUUGAAGUAACGCAAGUUGCGAUUGGUAGGACUAAUAAAACUGGAGUAACAUCGAAAGGUCGCCUUAUUGUUUGGGAGACAUCAGUUUGCCGUGAUGAAGCACCGAGCGCUGCGCAUAAAGAGGACGGUAAAGACAGUAUUUCAACCAUCCCACGAUUCAUUGAUGGCCAUACUGGCGUGUCUAUCUCACAUGUUAGCUGUGGGGAUAUGUUUAAUGCUUGUCUUACUGAUUCUGGCAUACUAAUGACGUUCGGUAAUGGUGCAAAUGGUUGUCUUGGUCAUGGAAAUCUAAUCGAUGUAAAAGAGCCUAAAAUAGUUGAAAAGCUUAUUGGAAAGCAAGUGAUGAAAGUUUCGUGUGGUGCAAUGCAUGUUAUGGCUGUCACAGCUGAUCAUUCGGUGUUUUCUUGGGGAAAAGGAGAUUCAGGACGACUUGGUCAUAGUAAUAAUGAAAUGGUCAACAGACCUGAAGCAGUUGCACUUCCUGAAAAUGUGGAAGCACUGUCUUGUUUCUGUGGUACAGAUUGCUCAGUGGUUUUAACUCGUCAAAAUACAGUUUUGGCAUGUGGAGGAAAUAGAUUCAAUAAGCUUGCAUUAAAUACAAAUAAUGAUACAGAGAUUGACGAAGUGGAUCAUCUAGUUCCUGUGCAAAUGCAGCCUCUCAUUGAGGUCGCUUUUGGAGUAUCUCAUUCCGCGUUCUUAACAGAAAAAGGGAAAGUGUACGCGUGUGGUUCAAACUCAUUUGGUCAACUUGGUUUAUCAAAACUGAAUGUUUCCGAUUCAAACCCGCGUCUCGUAAAAUCACUUGAAGAGAAGAAUGUUAGUCACAUCGCCUGUGGUGAUGCUUUCACUGUCGCGGUAACUGCAGAUAACGAAAUUUAUACCUGGGGAAAAGGUGCUCGCGGCAGGCUAGGUACUGGAAGCGAAGAUAAUACACACGAACCAACCUUGGUAAAAUUUCAAGAAAAAUUACGAGUGAUCUCUAUUUCAUCCAACAGAGGAACUACUGUUGCAGUUACUAAAGAAGCUCUAUCAUGACGUUUGGAUUAUGGUAAGACGUCGUUAUUUUGGGCGUCUGACGCAGAAUAUAUAUGAUUUACAACAUGCAAUCUUCCCUGUAUCACAUCAGGUUGAUACAAUAAAUUGAUCCCAAGCUCGCAGUUGUUUCGAAGAAUAGGUUUCGCAUAUAUUAAAAUGCAUAUGCGAGUUCUGAACAUCGUCUUGUGGAAUAGUUUAGACCGCCGCAAAGUUGUCAAUGUUAAAAACAACCUUGUAAGUAGAGUACCUGAGUUUUAGAGCGUUACUAAAUUAUUGUAGUUGCUUCUAUGAAGUCCACUGAAUUCAAAUAAAAGUGACUGUAAUUGCCAAAAGCUGGCGCAAACUCCCAGCUAAACGUUUUCCGAGUUGUCCCAAAAUGCAAAAAGUUAUGAAGUAUGGAAGUCAGACCAAAUACCGUGGGCGCAUAUGUGAUCCACAGGCCACA